AUGGCAAUCCAACGUGUUCGUGAAGCCGCCGAGAAGGCCAAGAUUGAAUUGUCGUCGACCAUGCAAACCGAAAUCAAUCUUCCUUUCAUCACAGCUGACGCCUCGGGUCCAAUGCACAUCAAUAAGAAGCUGAAUCGUUCUCAAUUCAAAGCUCUCAUUGGACCUCUUGUUCAACGCACCAUUGAGUCUUGCAAGAAAGCUCUGAGUGAUGCUCGUGUCAAGGCCCACGAGAUUAGCGACGGUUGGAGUCUGCAAAUCGCCAGCGAUCUUGGUCGAGUUCCGCUCAGUCACCCCUUCCUUCGCCAUGCCCCCUUAGUAAUUAAAGGUUGA